UUUUGUUUGGUAUUGUUUAUUACUAUUCUUCCUUGUCUAUCAAUUAAUUUUUGGAGAAAAUAAUUUCAAUAAAUUUGUUGUUUUCCAAAAACGCCUGUAUAAGAUUACGUUAGAAGUGUGUUGCCAAAAAAAUCGCGCAAUCAAAUAAUUAUGGAAUCUGUGUCGCAAACAGUUUCUUCAGAACGAAAACUAACAUCAGAUCAAACAAAUGACGAUGUUGCUACAAAGCCUGUUGUUGAUAUGACUUUUACGAAGGAAUUGCGUAAAGCCACGAAAGACGUGCAUAAAAUUAGUGAUGUGCUGGUGAAUGCAAAAUUCGCUUUAGCGCUAUCGGACGAUGCUGUUUGGUUUGAUGGUUUAUUAGCAUUUUACGAAGUUUACAAAUUCUUGGAGGAAAAUCUUCCUGAAAACUUACUUCCCAAAGAACUUCAUCGCAAAUCUGCUUUUGAACAAGAUUUGGCGUAUUUCCUUGGCAAAAAUUGGAAAGAUAAUUACGAACCAAGGGAGAGUGUUAAAAAAUAUAUCGAUCAUUUAGAAGAAGUCAAUGCAAAAAAUAAAUUACUCUUGUUUGCGUACGCUUAUCAAAUGUAUAUGGCUUUAAUGUCUGGCGGUCAAUUACUACAAAAGAAACGAAUGAUUAAGAGAAAACUUUGGUUUGGUAAACAAGCUGAGGAGGAACAAGAAGAAGUGAAAUUACCUAAUUCAAACCCGGAAGUUGACGAUUUAGAGAACCGUCCAAUGCCCUGUCAAGUCACCAUUUGCCCAGAGGGAUGUGCUGCAACAUAUUUUCCGGAGAAAAUUUCAGUUUUGAAGGAUAAAUUACGACAAGUACUCAAUGAUAAUUAUGGAAAUUUUAAUGACGACCUACGUGCCGAAUUUAUAGAAGAAAGCCGUAAUGUUUUUAUUUACAACGGCGAUGUUGUUCGUUCUAUAAAGGGUGUUAACCGUGCAAAUUUACGAAAAUUGGCAAUGGUUUUAGUUUUCGUGAUGGGUGUAUAUUUCGCUUUAAAAUUAGCUAAGCGUUAGAACCUGCACUAAUUGUAUAGACUGGUAAAGAUAAAAAAAUAUGUAUGUAUAUAGUUUAGUGCUCCAAAAUACAAAAUAUCGAUAAAAAAUA